CUGAGAAUGGACUGCAGGAGGAACAGCAUAGUCAUGUCAUCCUCCAAAGAGGCUCCUCCCAGCUGCCCCAGGUCUGCGUGGAGCGCCGAGCAGGCCAUCAGGAGGAAGAGGAAGAGGAAGAGGCGUCCGCGCCGGUCAGUAGAGUGGAACAGGAAGCACUCGGACGGCGCGGACACUAAGAAGCAGCGGCGGGAGAAGAGGCCGGCGACGAGCUGCCGCUCGGACGACCCGCCGGUCGGGAGAGAGGAGGGCGAGGCGAAGGUGAACGAGGGCAGAGGGUCGGAGGUCACGGAUGAGUCGUACGAGCUGGACCGCCACUGCCGGCUGGCGUUCGGCCCGGCGCUCGGUACCAGAAGCAUGUCACGCUGGCGGGCUGCCAACGGGAUGGUGAACCACGCAGAGAUCCACAACAUCCGCUACCACUCCCACAACAGCCAAUCAACAGCCUCCGUCUCCCCAAAGCACAACAUCCGCUACCACAACAGAAGCCAAUCCACAGCCUCCGUCUCCCCAAAGCAGCCUCAGCACCUGGACAGAGCUGAUUACAAAGCACUGACUGGAGCUGAGAGAUUGGAGGCCAUGUUUAGUAAGGGCGAGUUGAUAGGACAGGGAGGCUAUGGAAGUGUGUAUGCUGGGUACAGGAAGUCAGACCAUUUCCCGGUGGCGCUGAAAGUGGUGGCCGUGGAGAGGAUCAAGAUGUGGGCCAAGAUGUCAGAGUUUGCGGCGCCCGUGCCUCUGGAGAUCGCGCUGCUGCGCCAGGUGAGCCGUAACUCCGCCUGCAAGGGCAUCGCCCGCCUGCUGGAGCACGUGGAGCUGCCCGGCGCCUACGUGAUGGUUCUGGAGCGGCCCGCGCCCUGCCUGGACCUCUUCAACUACCUGCAGGAGGGCCAGGGCUACCUGGACGAGGCGGCCGCCAGGGGCAUGAUGCGGCAGCUGGUGCCCGUGCUGCAGCACUGCCACGCCAGGGGGGUGGUCCACCGCGACCUCAAGCCCGAGAACAUCCUGGUGGAGACCGACACGCAGCGCAUCAAGCUGCUGGACUUCGGCUCCGCCUCCGUGCUGAAGGAGGGACAGUACACGGACAUAGCUGGGACUCCGGAGUACUUCCCCCCAGAGACGGUGCUGCGGGGAGAGUACUUUGCCCUCCCGGCCACCGUGUGGUCUCUGGGCAUCCUGCUCUUCCAGAUGCUGUGGGGCGACGUGCCCUUCUACGACGAAGACGCCAUCGUGAAGGGAACACUAUACUUCCCACGUGGCAUAUCAAGAGAAUGUCGCCACCUCAUACGCCUAUGUCUUUCUGUCAAUCCCAAAGAUCGACCAACUCUGGAACAAAUACUUCUUCACCCAUGGAUGUUAUAGGAACAUAUACAGUAUACUGAAGUUGCCUACAUUUGUUUAAAAUAAAGUAUAGCCUAUGCAGCA